CGAGACAGAAGGAGCGUGAGGCGGCGGAGGGGCUGGUCCAGGCGCGGCCGCUAAGAGGAGACCAAGAGGCGGGGGCUGCACUUGACAACCAGCAUGCCGAGAUGUCAGAAGAGGCAGAAGUGGAUGUGAGAGAAAGAGAGACACAGAGAGACAGAGAGCCAAAGAGGGCAAGAGACUUGACUUUAAGAGACUGCUGUACUGACAACUCCAUGCAGUUCGGAACCAGAACGACUCCGGCUGAACCAGGGUUCAUGGGGACAUGGCAAAACGCUGAUACUAACCUCUUAUUCAGAAUGUCCCAACAGGCCAUCCGCUGCACACUGGUGAACUGCACGUGUGAAUGUUUCCAGCCGGGGAAGAUUAACCUGAGGACUUGCGAUCAGUGUAAACAUGGCUGGGUGGCACAUGCCUUGGAUAAGCUCAGCACGCAGCACCUCUACCACCCCACCCAAGUGGAGAUCGUGCAGUCCAACGUGGUGUUUGACAUCAGCAGUCUGAUGCUCUACGGGACGCAGGCGGUGCCUGUGAGGCUCAAGAUCCUGCUGGACCGUCUCUUCAGCGUCCUGAAGCAGGAGGAGGUGCUGCACAUCCUGCACGGCCUGGGCUGGACCCUGCGUGACUACGUCCGGGGGUACAUCCUGCAGGAUGCUGCCGGCAAGGUGCUGGACCGCUGGGCCAUCAUGUCUCGAGAAGAGGAAAUCAUCACCCUUCAGCAGUUUCUGCGGUUCGGAGAAACCAAAUCCAUUGUGGAGCUGAUGGCCAUUCAGGAGAAAGAGGGGCAGGCCGUAGCUGUACCGUCUUCAAAGACAGACUCAGACAUCAGAACUUUCAUUGAGAGUAAUAAUCGCACCAGGAGUCCCAGCCUCCUUGCCCAUCUAGAGAACAGCAACCCUUCCAGCAUUCAUCACUUUGAAAACAUCCCCAACAGCCUCGCCUUCCUGCUGCCAUUCCAGUACAUCAACCCGGUCUCAGCCCCGCUGCUAGGAUUGCCUCCGAAUGGGUUGCUGUUAGAGCAACCAGGACUGAGGCUGCGGGAACCCAGCCUUUCGACCCAGAAUGAAUAUAACGAGAGCAGUGAAUCUGAAGUGUCUCCCACACCCUACAAGAACGACCAGACGCCCAAUAGAAACGCCCUGACCAGCAUUACUAACGUGGAGCCCAAAACUGAGCCAGCCUGCGUGUCCCCCAUUCAGAAUUCCGCCCCGGUCAGUGAUCUGUCCAAAACCGAACACCCAAAAAGCUCAUUCCGGAUCCACCGGAUGAGAAGGAUGGGGUCAGCGUCUCGGAAAGGAAGAGUGUUCUGUAACGCGUGUGGGAAGACGUUCUAUGACAAAGGUACUCUCAAAAUCCAUUAUAACGCUGUUCACCUGAAGAUCAAACAUCGGUGCACCAUCGAAGGUUGCAACAUGGUCUUUAGCUCCCUCCGAAGCCGUAACCGUCAUAGUGCGAACCCUAACCCUCGCCUUCACAUGCCUAUGCUAAGGAAUAACCGAGACAAAGAUUUAAUUCGGGCCACAUCAGGGGCUGCCACCCCCGUCAUAGCAAGUACAAAAUCAAAUCUCACACUCACAAGCCCUGGCCGGCCCCCAAUGGGUUUUACCACUCCCCCACUAGACCCCGUCUUACAGAACCCUCUCCCUAGCCAGCUGGUGUUUUCUGGGCUAAAGACUGUCCAACCAGUUCCUCCGUUUUAUAGAAGUUUACUCACUCCGGGGGAAAUGGUGAGUCCUCCAACCUCCCUCCCGACCAGUCCCAUCAUUCCAACCAGUGGUACCAUAGAGCAGCUCCCCCCAUUACCCUCUGAGCCAGCAGCGCCAGUAGUGAUGAUGGCCACUCAUGAGCCCAGUGCCGAUCUGGCGCCCAAGAAGAAGCCCAGGAAGUCCAGCAUGCCUGUGAAGAUCGAGAAGGAAAUUAUUGACACUGCCGAUGAGUUUGACGAUGAAGACGACGACCCCAAUGAUGGCGGAGCUGUGGUCAACGAUGGCAGCCAUGACAGUCACUGCCACUCGCAGGAGGAAAUGAGUCCAGGCAUGUCUGUGAAGGACUUUUCUAAGCAUAGCAGGACCCGGUGCAUUUCAAGGACUGAAAUACGAAGGGCCGACAGCAUGACUUCCGAGGACCAAGAACCUGAGCGGGACUACGAGAACGAGUCUGAGUCUUCGGAGCCAAAACUAGGUGAGGAAUCCAUGGAAGGGGAUGAGCACAUGCACGGCGAGGUGAGCGAGAAAGUCCUGGUGAACAGUGAGAGGCCGGACGAGAACCACAGUGAGCCCUCUCACCAGGACGUCACCAAGGUGAAGGAAGAGUUUACAGAUCCCACUUACGACAUGUUUUACAUGAGCCAGUACGGACUGUACAACGGCGGGGGUGCCAGCAUGGCAGCCCUGCACGAGAGUUUUACAUCAUCUCUGAAUUACGGCAGCCCUCAAAAGUUCUCCCCGGAAGGUGAUCUGUGUUCUAGCCCAGACCCCAAAAUCUGUUAUGUGUGCAAGAAGAGUUUCAAAAGCUCCUACAGCGUGAAGCUUCACUACAGGAACGUUCACUUGAAAGAGAUGCACGUCUGCACGGUGGCUGGCUGCAAUGCCGCCUUCCCCUCUCGCCGAAGCAGAGACAGACACAGUGCCAACAUCAAUCUCCAUCGUAAACUGUUGACCAAAGAACUCGAUGACAUGGGCCUGGACUCAUCGCAGCCCUCCCUUAGCAAGGACCUCCGGGAUGAAUUUUUGAUGAAGAUCUAUGGUGCCCAGCACCCCUUGGGGCUCGACGUCAGGGAAGACGCCUCCUCUCCCGCGGGGACAGAAGACUCCCACCUGAACGGGUACGGGAGGGGCAUGGCGGAGGACUACAUGGUCCUGGACCUGAGCACCACCUCCAGCCUCCAGUCCAGCAGCAGCAUCCAUUCCUCCAGAGAAUCCGACGCAGGCAGCGACGAGGGGAUCCUCCUGGAUGACAUCGACGGGGCGAGUGACAGUGGGGAGUCGGCGCACAAGGCCGAGGUCCCCACCCUCGCUGGCAGCCUCGGGGCUGACGUUUCAGGAUCUCUGAUGUUCAACAGCUUGUCCGGGAGCAAUGGUGGGAUCAUGUGCAACAUCUGCCACAAGAUGUACAGCAACAAGGGGACCCUGCGAGUGCACUACAAAACCGUGCAUUUGCGAGAAAUGCACAAGUGCAAAGUCCCCGGUUGCAAUAUGAUGUUCUCCUCUGUGCGAAGCCGGAAUCGGCACAGUCAGAACCCUAAUCUCCACAAAAACAUUCCCUUCACUUCGGUAGAUUAGUCUCAGAAAGGACACUACAAAUGCCAGCUCUCACCAGAUGGCCUACGUAUUUGAACUGCCAUAGUCAGUGUGUGCUUGUGUACUUGGGAUGGUGUGUGUGUAUAUGUGUGUGCGUAUACACACGUAUGCCUCUGUGUCUACAUAUACACACACACACACACACACACACACACGUUUCCUUUUCUUUAGAUACAAAAAGAUAAACACUAGGUGCUUUUGAAGUUUUUUUCUCUUUUUCCUUUAUAGGUCGGAUCUUUCAUUUGGGGGUGAAAACAAAGUACCCUUUAAACACGUAUACACACAUCCACACAUAAAAGCGUGCAACUAGCCCAAAUUUUGACAGAAUAAUAAUUCCUGGUCCUCUCCAAAGAGACAAUUUGUUGUACCCAUGACUGUUGCCUGCAAAAAAAAAUAAAAGGGAGGAACAAAAAGAAACAAAAAAGGAACUCCUUAUAGUUGUCUUUUGUGAACUUUGAGGUUUUGAGAGAAUCUUCAAUUAAAGCAUGGCAGAUUCACCUGUAAAUAUUUAGCCUUGAGAGGCCAAUGAUGUAAAACAGUUGUAUUGAUGGUUGUUUAUUAACUCUUUUGUUUAAUUUUUUACAGUUACAUCAGCUGUUAGGUAUACAGGAAAAAAAAAUAGUUUGCUGGCUAGCUCUAUUCAUUUAUGUUAGCAUUAAUGCACAUUUUUUAAGGAAAAAAAAAAACAUGGUCUUGUUUUUACUACCUGCUAGAUAUAGUGAUAAAGAGGUGCUGGCAUGCCUUACAGCACAGAUCUGAUUUUUUAAAAUGUCCUGUACUAGUACAUAAAUCCAGUCAUGCACUUUUUUUCAUACACUACAAGGGGAUGUGUAAUAUCCAUGCUUCUUUUUUAUCCUUAAACUAUUGCCAUACUUCGAGUAAGUGUCUUUUUAAAAAAAUUCACUUGUAUAAAAAUGGUCUGGUCAGUAUAGGGCACAAAUGCCAAACAAAAGUAUUAGUGUUAACACAAAACUGCCAACUUUGCACAAGUUUCCAGAAAAGAAAAUACAAUUAGUCACUCAACAUAACCACAGGCCAAUUUGUCGGCCACCAGAAAACCGCUUUAGAAAAAAACACUUGGUGAUUCAAGUGCCGAAUGUUAUUACAAUCAACACUGCAACCUUCUUGCUUAUAUGUUAAGUUACAUAAAAGGAAAACAAAAUUAUGUGGUGUGAAACAGCUAAGGCAUUUAUUCUUUAGAGGCUGGAUAAUAUUUCAGGAUACAAAAGCCCAAAUUACUCACUAUGGAACAAAGCUGAAUCCAGUAAGAGUUGAGCACUCAUUCGCAAGGACCUAACCCUUAAUCCUUUAAAAAGACAAAGUCUGAACUGGGUUGGUCUGUUGUGUGGCUAUGUAAUUCACUGCACGUUCUGCAGUAGUACUCCGACUCGGGCUGGUUUGCGAGACAAAAUCAAAGACCUUUAAGAGCGGCAGCAGCAGUACUUGGAAGCUUUGCAAACAUGUGCUGAACUUGAACUAAGCAACACUCCUUUCUGAAAAGCCAGAAGAAGGGGGUUUAAAAUAGGAUCUCUCACUGUUUAGUGUUUUGUGUUUCCCCACACGAUUUGUCAGAGAGAAAUGAAAGCAAGCCUGAAACCAAGCAAUCGAGAGUGAGAAAGAGGAGGGGAGAGGAUUCUGCAAACCUCUUUUGUUGUGUUUUGUUUUGUUUGCGAUGUUUACAGAUGUUGCCUGAGCUGGUUUACCACAUCAGCAGCCUCAGCUACCACAACAUACUGACUAAAUGAUGAUAUUUACUCAAGGUCAGUCUGCAGCCAAAACCAUUAGGGUGUGAGCUGCAGACUGUUUUGUUGUCUUUUUUUUUUUUUUUAAGUGGAGGGGGGGAAGAAAAAGAGAUAAACAAGGAAUAUUUUGUCAAACAGUACACGGUAAUUUAAAGAGAAUGUAUUUCUUUUCUGCAUUUAAGGGCCUCAAACAUUUCUCUCAGCAGUCUAAAAGUUAGAAAUACCCCCUUUGUCUUAACUUUUAAUGUUAUUUCCAUUUUUCAUAUGUUUUGUGAUUUUUUUCUAGGUUCACAUCAGCAUUCACUUCCGUUAAAUUUGCCAAAGGAAACUGUUAAUAUGUUUCUCUUUUUAUUAUUCCUGUAGGAUUUAUCGUACCUCACAGUAUUUAUUGUUUCCAAAAAUAAGCAUCAUUAGUUGAGGAUUCAGUAUUUUUCUUUGUGAAAAUUUCACAAAUGAUAGAUUCUUAAAGAUAAGCUAGAUGUGUCUAGGGGCUUUAUCUUUUCAUCUCCUUCAGAGCAUGCUAUGGGGUUCAUUUAAUUCUUCAUUUGUUCUACAGUGAGGAGAGACCAAAAGUAUUUGCAGUACAAAAGAAAUUAUAUCAGACACUAUGUCUGUUAAAUGACAAAUGUUUACGGUGAAAAAAGCUGAGGAAUUAGUGCUAACCAUUUUUGUUUUCUUGUACCUUUGAAUUCCCCAAAGUCUUAAUUGCUUUAUUUUGGUGUUGUGUUAAACUGAAUAGACAGAGAUGUUUUCCUUUGUUUGUUUUAUACCAUAUAAGACUCUGUACAGUAUGUUUGUGAAAGACUGAACUAGAAUAAUGAAAGUUUGUUUGCAAA